GCGUCAGAUUCUAUUAGCAAAAAAGUUAAUUUCCAAUAAUGAGCACUGAUACGAGUUCUACGAAGCGGAGACGCUGGGACAGCGACCAGGUUGACGGCAAGGCUGGGGAGUCAGCACAGGAUAUUGGCGGUUCGCAGACGGGUCCCACAGAAAUCGCCACCGCGACAGAGCAGGCGAUUUUGGCAGCAAAGGCGCUGGCUGAGAGCGCUAAGGCUGAAGCCGAGACACAGGCAGCGUCUGAGACCGAGCCAGCUAUAAAUAUUGAGAGUGCCAAGGACGAGCCAAAGACCAAUGAGACGUUCGCCAUGGAUGUCGACAUCAACUUUGCUUCAAAUAGACAGCAUCUGGCCAAGAGCGUCACGCAACGACAGAUUAUUGAGGCAACAGGCGCUGACAUCUCAACCAAGGGCCGGUACUACACCAAUGCGUCAGAGGCUACACCGGAUGCACCAGCACUGCACCUGCAUGUGGAGGCCACGAGCCAGGAGAUGCUUGACCAGGCUGUGGCUAUGAUUGAGCGGCUGAAGACAGAAGGCGACCCUAGCGACACCGCCAUGACGCCUGGUGCUAUGUCCGCUUAUAGCAAUGGGCACUCUGACAGCUACAGUAGCUACCGGCACGAGCGUCACCCGCGCAACAUCUACCACGAAAAGAUUCCGGUCGGAAUUGAAUCGGAGCGCGGGUUCAAUGUGCGCGCCAAGCUAAUUGGCACCGGCGGCGAGAACAUGAAGUACAUCCAGAACACAACAGGUGCGCGUGUUCAGGUGCGUGGCCGCGGGUCUGGGUUCAUUGAGAACGCUACUGGGCUGGAGUCUGACGAAGAUAUGCACCUGUUUAUCAGUGCCCCCACUGAAGACAUUACGCUCCAGGCCAUGUACUACAGCAAAAGUCUCAUUGGCACUAUCCACGAACAGUACAAGGAAUUCAAAGAGCAUGGUCCACGGCGCCCCGAACGCUACGAGCACCACGAUCGGUACGAUAGGCAUGAGCGGUAUGACCGCCGUGACCGCCGCGAUCGCCGUGACAGAUACGACAGAUACGACCGCCACCGCGGGGGCCGCGAGUCGCGCGACAACCGCGACUACUACGAACAGUACAACAGCCGGUACAGCCGGUACAGCCAAAACUCGCGUCAGGAUCAGCAGCCAGCCUAUGCACAGCCCGCUGCACCUGCUGCGCCUACGUAUGCGGGCCAGCCUGCAGAGGCCAGUGCGGCUACAGGAGGUGCAGCUACGGCAUCGUACGAGGAGUAUGCAAACUACUAUGCCCAGUACUACCAGUACUAUGGAACAUACCCUGAUAUGUCUGCCUACUACGCGCAGGGCAGUGCGAACGGUGGGUAUGAUCCGUCAGCAUACUCGGCAGAGUAUUACCAGCAACAGCAACAGCAACAGCAGCAGCAGCAGCAGCAGCAGCCGGCGGCAACAAUGGGUGCUAGCGAGUCUAGCAUCGACCCACUGGCUGCUCCGUUCGGAAAUGGCGCUGAGGACGCUAAUUACCACAGCGUACCUCCACCCUCGAGCUACUCUAAUGGUUCAAAGGUAAGCAGACGCUAGAGAGUUUGGCUGAGCGGCACGCACACAGCACAUGUCCGACAAAUGUCCUGAACAUCGUUUUCUUUUUGCCCGAUUGCCUUCGUCACUCCAAAUGCCUGUAGACGCCGCAAUUCUAGUGACCUCCCAAACACCACCCUGUAUAACUAGUAAGAUGCUGUAUCCAACAAAGCAAAAGCACAGUAGCCAUUAUACAUUUACCGCAUAUUUACACGCUUGGUAUACUAACAUGCCACAUUUGCUAACAACGUUACUAACUCGCGUUCUCAAAUUGAACUUUGGGCCACAUUCCCAAUAUUAUUCACAACCUCG